AAGAGUCCCAGGAUCCCGGAGGUUCGUCUGCUAAGGAAUGAUCCAUACUUCUCUCUUCCGGACGAGGCCUUUUCUCCCUCCGUAUGGAAUCCCUGGGGCUGCUGCGUCUGGUCAUACUUUGUCAGUGUACGUAUCGAGGGAUUAGCGCCCACGAUAAUUUCCCACACCUUCACUGUCCUCACAAGGACCGCCGGGGACUAUCUCCAAAAUUGGAUUCCUCCGACUUUGCCAUACGUCGGUAUGAUAUCUAUCUACCCGAUGUCCUUUGAACUGACCGCGCAGGUGCUACAAACGUAUCGUCACACCGCAGUAACCGGGCUUCGGGCCGAGUGGAAGCUCUAUCGCUGUAGUUUAUUUAAUAUGUGCUAGCCAAGCCGGUGCUGCUUCUCGUCAUUAUAAUACCCCUAAAAUCUGAUCCUCAGCCUUCAUCGCUGAGCUCCUGCCAACUCUCUCGUGGUUGACUACAGGUGGACGUGAACUAGCCGAUCGACUGGAAGGUGAGGAGCGCACACAGUGUUAGCUGCUGCCGAUGUUGGAGCUUGGUCCUAUUAUCACCACCACCACCACAAGCACCAGCAGCAGCAGCAGUGCGGGUAGUGUAGCAAGACGUCGGGUUUGGUUCGCGAGGAGCCGUGGCAAUUUCAGCUCGAGUCGUCAGCGCAUAUCGCAAUCAAGCGUUGGGAGUGUAGUCGAAACGAGCGCUGCUGGAGUACGGGUGCAUGUCAACUGUGGACUGGAACGAAAAGAUAGGUGUGGGGGCGAUACCGUACCAUGCCGUGGUGGGGUCCGGGCUGCUUCGAGUAUUAUGUUGGUCUCUCCAUAGCAACUAAAGGGUGGAGCAGCUUUGUGGAGCCGAGGAGGAGGAUCCGCGAGGAACAUGCGAGCAUGACGCGGCUGUGACGUGCGCUUUUGCAAAGAAUAAUAGCCUUCUGAACGAGCAAUUUCGAAGUAUCGGCGAUCCAGCACACGGAUCCUUCGAAAAAUGUGAAAGAGCUGCAGCCGCGCAGAUUUCUUCUUCUCGCGUUCCAUGACAGCACCGCUGCCUUGCUCAAGCUCGAGGGAACCGACAUGAGGACCUUGCAAAUGCUCGACCCGGGGCUGGGGUGUUCAGGAAUUACUCUCCGUGGCUCUAGCGGACGGUCCCAGCUGAAGAAGCCGGGAGUGGGCACAUGAAUGCCGACUCCGCUGCAGCACAAUCGAGCUUCUCCUUCCGCUGUUGGUAUUGUUCAACCUGGCGUGCACCUCGCUGCCGAAUCCUCCUCCUCCUCCUCCUCCCAAAGUGACUCCAGCCCGACUCGAAGGCGCUUCAAACUCAGCGCAAGAGAUCUUCACCGACCGGCAGUGACUGUCCGAUUUAUGAAAGAUGUGUCCGGAGCUUUCUCAAGACGUAUCUCAGGAUCAUCUCUCGCGAGUUUUCUACCCGGAGUCGUUCAUUUAUGACAAAUUUGAUCACCAGCAUACGCUCUUGUUCAAUCAUGUACCUCAUUGUGCUGGGCAAUACAAACCACCCGACGCUCAGACGCUCGAUGCCCAGGGCUUGGCAGCUGGAACGCAUGCUCCGCUCAGCGCUGCCGAUGUGGGGCAGCAUGGGCGGCCAUCCCAAGCGAUUUCCAUCGAAAUGGUGGCUGGAGGCGGAGGAGGAGGUGGCGGUUCACACCAAGCGCAACAAUCAUACUCGGUAGGUGCUCUAGCGCCCGCCUCUGCUGCUCCCACCACCGAAGCAUCGGCGGAGUACCCUCCCCUUCACAUCAGCUGCAGCGACAAUCAGCUGAUGCCGGAGAUAGACUGCUGCGGCUGGAUGAAGGACGUGCUGGAUGAAUUUCUCCUCACCUCGCAGGACAUACCGCGCUUGGCCCCGCUCGUUCCCGGGCACAGCUCGACGAUCAACCUCCCGUCCGUGCUCUCCCCGCUGGGCCUGCCGUCGAAGCUCGAAUUCUCCGCAAGCCUGCAGGCCUCCCCUCCUCCUGCCGGAAAUGCUCCGCAGAAAUCCUCCAGCAUGAGUCCCAGGUCUGUGGAGGCGAUGCAGACGGGGGAGCUCGCAGCUGCUGCUGCAGCAACAACGCCGAAAAGCCCUCCGAAGUCGAAAGUCUCAUCGCCCACUCCCGGGCCCUUGAAAGUCCGCGCGUCCAAGCGUCUGCAGAGGGAAGACAGCACGAGAAAAGUGUCGAAAUGGGCGCAAAAGGCCAACCUGGCGAAUGUGGAUCAGGUCGAGCACGUGAUUCGGGAACGACAGCGCAGGGAUGACAUGAGUUACAAAAUUGCAACCCUGGAACGCCUUCUACCGCAGGGGCCUAAGCGUGACAGGGCUUCAAUUGUGCACGACAGUGUUCAGUACGUGAAGUCGUUACAGCAAAGAGUGGAGGAACUGACCAAGAAAUCUGCGGAGCUACAGAUGAUGAAGCGCUCCGCAAAAUUCAGCGCUCCUGUCAAAGUCAGUGUGGAAGAUAAGAGAGCGCGAUCGCCCGAAGAUUCACAGGCGCCAUUCCGCCUUGUGAACUUCCAUCUUCAGGUCGAAGGUGGCGAUGAAGCUGUCACUGUCUCGAACUGCAGAUGCAAUCUUGAUUUCCUGAGCCUUACCAUGAAGGCUCUAGAGCAAUUACAGCUGGAUCUUUGUCGAAGCAGUAUCACCAAGAUGCCAGACGGAGCCUUCUUCUGCAUCAUUGCUUGCAAGGCUCGAGUUGGAGGAGCAGCGGUACCCUCAUCGGCUGCACUUGCGCUCAAACUCAAGGCAGCAGUGGAAUUGUAAGAGUAUGAAGCUGGCGUCGAAGUCGAGAAGCUACUCCAAUAUUCACUACACUAGGUAUAAAAGAACCCUUCGAGCAUGUGCAUCUAUCUGCGGGCAUGCUUCAAAGGGCAUCGGAGGUCUUCAACAGGGGACAGACUUUUGAAGUCAUCUCGUUUCGCUUCUGAGUCCACGUUGUGUCGCUCAGACGUACUCCUUGCAGAAGUUGAUGUGAUUCUCAUGACGAAUACGUCGUUUAUUUUCUAAACAGCCUCUCGAUCAUAUGUACAGCUUUUCUUUCAAUUUGGAGCUUUUUGUGUCGUCUGAUUCCACAUAGAUUUCGACAACACCUCCUUUCUGUCUCAUUCACAGGCAUGUAAAGAACUAGUCCACCCGGUCAGUAGCACUCGCCUGGAAUGCAGCUCUCAAGCUCUCAUGCCCUAUGCAGAAAAGUCGUCUUUGUUGUAGCGUGGUCACAUUUUGACCAAAUGACAGCUUAAUUCUUCUCAG